GUGAAUCCACAUCAACAAAGCAAUUUAAAUCAUCGAGCCUACUAUGAAGUAGCCAAUUUUCUAUUAUCUAACAGAAAAAUAUUGAAAAACUGGAAAAUUGAAGAACCAGGAAAUUCAUCUUCUGCAUAAUUUGAACGGGAAAUAUGCACUUGGGAUAUGAGAUGGUGGUAUGUAAGUUGUGUGUAUCUUUUCUCAGUCAAUGAUGAGUAGGAGGUUGAGUAGGCCGGUGGUGAAAUGACGAGUAAAAUCAUUAUAAAAUCAUGUAACGCGCCAUCUGACAGCGAUUGUAAUUGACAUCUGGGACAGUGUAAUUCACAAAACCAUAGAAUAAUGAGGAAAAGACCCGAACGUCUAGAGCAUCUUCUUUGACCUUCAAGUAAGUGCAAUACCAACAAAAUCAGAGGCAGUACCUGUCUGUUCUCAAUGACACAGAUUUCUGCACCAAGAGGAAAAAAAUGUCCAUGUAAAUAAACUGUCUGGCUGAUGUCAUAACCUUUUAACUUUGACACGCCAGGAAACGAAUAUUGUGCCGGAAUCCUCUUCUUUUUUUGUAAACUUUAGCCGUUAGUGUCCAGUGUUUGAAUAGAACCGUACUGAUCUACUGAAAAUGGAUGAAAUUGACGAAAUGGAAGUAGGAAAUCCCGAGAGUGGUGUGCUCGAUAAUAUUGACAGCGAUUCCCUCCUGGAUUCCGACGAGGGGGAUGGUAACGAUCAAAAUAAUACCGAUAUUGUGAUUGAGGAUGAGGCUGAUUUAAAUAAAGAACUCGAUGACGAUGAUAGCAGCGAUUCUGACAAUGAAGAUGAUGGCGAGGCUGAGAUCAAACUCUUGGAAUCCAAGUUGGAAGAAAAUCCCUACGACUAUAACAGUCAUGUAGCUCUGAUUAUGAAGUUACAAAACAUGGGUGAAAAAUAUUCAGGAAAGCUGAAACAUGCCAGACAAGAAAUGAGUUUGAAAUAUCCUCUUAAUUCCGAACUAUGGCUGCCUUGGCUACGAGACGAAAUCAAUCUCGUUAAAACACAAACUGAGAGAGAAGAGGUCACGAAAUUGUGCGAACAAGCUGUAAAAGAUUAUCUUUCUGUUGAGGUUUGGUUGGAAUAUCUCCAGUUUGCUAUUGGAAGUGUGGGCUCAGGAAAUGAUGCGAAUCAGAAUAUUAGGAACUUAUUUGAACGAGCAUUGACCUCUGUUGGCUUGCACGUUACAAAGGGUGCAAUUAUUUGGGAAGCAUUCAGAGAAUUUGAAAAUGUUCUAGUGUUAAUGAUUGAUGCAUCUAAUGAAUCUGCACGUAAGCAACAAAUUGAUCGUGUUGGAGCCUUGUUCCGCCGUCAAUUAGCUUGUCCUUUACUCGAUAUGGAGAAAGCAUAUGAGGAAUACGAGACAUGGCGUAUGGGGGAUGGAGCUCAAGCAACCUUGGAUGACAACAUCGUGUUAACAGGAUAUGAUCGCGCGUUUGCCAAACUAAAUUUGCGUCUACCGUUUGAAGAAAAACUUAUUUCAGCUCAAAACGAGCCUGAAAUACUUGAUGCCUACAGGGCGUAUGUACUCUUUGAGAAGCAAAACGGAGACCCUGCUAGGGUUAAUAUACUUUACGAACGGGCUGUUGCAGAGUUAAGCUUAGAAGGUCCAUUGUGGUUAGAAUAUGUUACUUAUAUGGAGAAUAAUGUAAAAAUUGAAUCCGUACUAGACUCUUUAUACUAUAGAGCAACCAGAAACGUAUCUUGGUGUUCAGCGAUUUGGCAAAAAUGGCUAAGAGCCUAUGAGAGAUGGGAUAAACCUUUGCCCGACGUGCAGGCUUUACUUGAAAAAGCUUUGAUAGCUGGUUUUUCGUCUGCCCAAGAAUAUCGUAGUAUGUGGCUGACUUACCUUGAAUAUCUACGUCGCAGGCUUGAUUUGUAUCCAGAUGACAAGGAAAAACUAUUGGAAAUUCUUAGGGAGACGUUCAACCGUGCUUGUGAAUAUCUGGCAAAUGCUUUUGGUUUGGAUGGAGAUCAAGGUUGUGUUGUAUUGCAAUAUUGGGCCAGAACGGAGGCCAUCCAUGCAAAUGACAUGGAGAAAACCCGAUCUAUAUGGGCUGAUAUAUUGUCUCUAGGACAUUCUGCAGCAGCUGCUAGUUGGCUGGAAUAUAUUUCAUUGGAGAGAUGUUACGGGGAUACAAAGCAUCUCCGUAAAUUAUUCCAGAGAGCCUUGGCAUCUGUCAAAGAUUGGCCUGAGAGUAUAAGUAAUGCGUGGCUAGACUUUGAAAGAGACGAAGGCACACUUGAGCAAUUAGAAUUUUGUGAGGUAAAGACAAAAGAGAAGUUAGAAAAAGUAGCCGAAGAACGACAGAAAGUACAGCAAGUAGUUCCACCAGAAACAGUCUCAGCAGUGCUUCCAAAACGAACAGCUAAAAGAAAGUCAGAUGAUUCUGGAAGAUGGAAAAACUUGAGUGGAUCUCCAAGCAAACAAGGAAAAGUUGUGGUUCCUGCCAAGCCGAAAUUAAAAAAAAGUAUGCUGAGUUCAGACACAAAAGUAGCACCACCACCUGGCUAUAAACCACCGGAGGAUGAAACGGAAAGCAAACCAAAAAUUGCACCACCUCCAGGUUUUAAUUCAAAAGAAGAUGAGAAGAUGGAAGAUGACAACUCCCAGACUGUAGAUGAAAGGAUAACAGUGUUCAUCAGCAACUUGGAUUAUACUGCAACAGAAGAGGAAGUGAGAAACGCACUUGCGCCUGCAGGACCAAUCACUCUUUUUAAAAUGGUUAAGGACUUUAAGGGCCGCAGCAAAGGAUUUUGUUAUGUGCAGCUCAGUAGUCCAGAUGCUGUUGAGCUGGCAUUGAAAUUGGACCGAGUACCGAUAAAUGGCAGACCAAUGUUUGUGUCACGAUGCGAUCCUGAUAAGACAACAAGAAGUACAGUAUUUAAGUAUAGCUGUGGACUUGAAAAGAAUAAACUUUUCAUAAAAGGUUUACCCGUGACCACGACCAAGGAACAAAUUGAAGAAAUUUUUGGUGCUCAUGGCACUGUAAAAGAUGUUCGCCUGGUGACAUACCGUAACGGUCAUUCCAAAGGACUUGCAUAUGUUGAUUUUCAAAAUGAAGCUGACGCUGGUAGGGCCUUAUUAGCUACAGAUGGCAUGACAAUUGAGGAUAAAGUCAUCAGUGUCGCAGUUAGUCAACCUCCGGAGCGUAAGAAGGGAUCGCUCAAUGAAGAUCUUGCCCAAAUUAAAUCUCUUGGUGGCACAACAACGAGCCGUACUGGAUUGAAUACGCCGAAGACAAUGCUCUCUAUGAUACCACGUAGCGUCAAACCUCCCGUCAAGAAUGGCAAUGCAGGUACAUCAAGUAAUAUUGACCAUAAAGAACCAAUGAGCAAUGCAGAUUUUAGAAAUAUGCUUCUUGCAAAUAAAAAAUAAUAUAGUGUAA